AUGCCUACUUUACUAUCAUGGCAGGAUCACUAUAUGUCCAACGUUUCAGUAACAACAACUAUUGGCUCCACAAUCGCUACUUUUGCCACAGGGACGGCUAGAAUUGUGGACGAACCGAGGCUGGGAGUUGGACUAGCCAUUCUGUUUGUUUCGUUAUUCGCUGUGUCUUUUCCAUCGCUUUCCAAGCAUAUUUCCUUCAUCCGAAUACCUGGAAUUCUCUUUUUCGUCGGAAAACACUUUGGAACGGGUGUCAUCCUUGCGACAGCCUUCAUUCACCUUCUCGAUGACGCCUUUAAGUCGCUUCAGAGUAAGGAAGUCGAACGGCGUUAUGGAGCAAUAGGCAAAUUUACUGGGCUGAUAAUAAUGGUGUCGCUUUUGUCCAUUUUUCUUGUUGAAUACAUAUCGACUUCAUACGUCGAACAUUUGCAAGAGAAACCAUCGGCGCCUCCGACUCCAGAGUCUUCGAGACCAGGAUCUCCAUCACCACGACAAAUUGUCCGCGACCAGCAUUCGAGGUCAAGGAAUAGGCAGCACACUUCACGAUCCCGCUCACGAACUCAUGCGAAAAUUCACAACCUUUCUCAUGAACCACCUACAGAGACCACGCCGCUCAUAUCUUCAGAUAUUCCUAUCAACCCUGCCAUCACGCGUGCACCUAGUGCUCCCGUUCUUCCUGCCUAUGCACAUACACCUUCCUUGACAACUUCGCACUAUCAUACACAUGCGGCCCACCAUCCUCACCAUCACCACCAUGCACACACACCAUCGAUACCACCGUCUGCGGUUAUUGGAUUGCCCAUUGAGGUGUUAACGAACUCGCCUAGGAUAUGUCGCCUCGCCUUGGCACACGAUCAUGUACAUGGGCAUCACCAUCACGUGUGCAAAAUUGGCCUUGUGGAUGAUCCUCAUCUAGCUGUCUUGGAAGAAGACGGCGAAGAGACCCAUGUGCGGGAACACGCGCACACCCAUGAAGAAGCUCACGAACACGCACCACACCAUCCGGUGAUUGGGAGGCGAAGGCAAGUCAUUGGCCUUUUGGUUCUUCAACUCGGCAUCAUGAUACACUCGCUUGUUAUCGGCCUCACCCUGUCUGUUACGUCUGGAGCAGACUUUACAUCUUUAACGACGGCUAUCAUAUUCCACCAGCUCUUCGAAGGAUUAUCUUUGGGUAUACGUAUAGCUGCGCUUCCCCCGAGUAAGAAGGAUGAAUCCACCCACCUUGAAGACGUACACGACUCAACCUCUUCCGCCAUCGUUGAUGAAUGGGAACAGAACUCAGAAAGAUUAUUUUCUGACGAUUCCAACAAUCACCCUUCAGCGAAUGUCGACCACGAUAAUCCUCAAGUUCGCACAGACGAUACAGUAACUGCCAAACGAUGCCCUAGCAUCCAUUCGCACGAUGAAAACGUCGUUCCUACCAUUCUGAAGCCUCAUCAUUCUCGGCUCCAAAGCCCUGCUUUAUCUGCCCCUCGGAGAUGGCUGUGGACGUUGAAAAGUGUACAAUGGCUCAAGCCCACGUUAACGUUAUUAUUUGGAGUGACCACGCCAUUUGGUAUGCUGCUGGGGAUGAUAGUGUGGAAAAGCAGGGGUAAUUCAGGGGACGAAGGGUCCAUGCUCCUAAUCCAGGGUGUGAUGUCUGCGAUUUCAGCUGGGAUGUUGAUUUAUGCGGCGACUGUGGAGAUGAUAGCCGCCGACUUCGUCUUUGGAGAUGUCGAAGGCCAUCACCACCAUCACCACCACCACGCCCACGGUGAUGAAUAUCAAGGCGAUGGAGACGGGAACUCUGGAGGAAGUGAAGACGGGCGAUCUCGGCCUUCGGUCGACACCGGCGGCAAAAACUCAUCCAGUGCUGACGCUGGUGAUGAACCCAAAAAGAACACGACGCUUCGGAAACGGGCGCUAGCCAUCUUUAGUCUCUUUGCGGGUGCGAGUAUGAUGGUGCUCGUUGGCCUCGGAGAGUGA